GGUUUGAAAAAGGUGCGUCCCAGUGUUAAACUCACGAAAUAGGAAUAGGGGAGCAAGUCACGAACGGAGUUGAACUAGCAUGACAUGAUAGAUAGAACACAAGCGCUUGUAAGCCGUCGUCCUAUAUAUUGCAGCAAAGACCGUUGAGCAGACCGUGUUGGAAGAGAGAAGGAGGUGAUACAAUGAAGUAAAGCAGCUUCUUCGGGUAGGGCUAUUACCUGCUAGGACAGGCUUUGAAGACGAGCCUCUUACAAGCGCGGGAUCAAGUCACGGUGGUAUUCCAUUUGGCCAGUCCUAGCGUGAACAUCACUCGACAGGGUGUCGCCUCAGAGUCGAACCAGCAUAACGUAGGGAAAGCCGCCGCACAGCGUGUGUUACAACAAAGGUUGGUGAUUGGUGGUCGCAUGGUUAGGGGCUAAUUGCGUAAACAUAAGCAACUUAUGGCGGACGUCGAUGUUGUGCGAAGACGACGGGCAUCCUCUGCCACUCCUUCCUCUCCCAUGACCGCCCGACCUCGAUAUGCAUCCCUGCGAGGACCAGAACUGCACGCACCCCGCCCCCGACGUCACCUCCCGCUGUGGCUGUACGACUUGGACCCAUCUCCAGCAUCUUCACGCGCAGCAUCACCCACGUCGUCCGUACGAUUCAUAGCGCCUCCUUCUGCCCCACAUGCCCCGUCUACUGCUGCACGACGACUAGUGAAAUACCAUCCGUUGCUGCUGACAAUCGCCGCGACGACGUUGAUCAAAAUAUUGGUGGGCCUGGGACCAUACUCGGGGCAGGGUGCACCGCCGAUGUAUGGCGACUUUGAGGCACAGAGGCAUUGGAUGGAGAUUACGCUGCACUUGGCGCCGAGGGAAUGGUACUGGUACGAGCUGGAAUGGUGGGGGCUGGAUUACCCGCCGUUGACUGCGUAUGUGAGCUGGUUGUGUGGGUUCGUCGGGAACAAGCUCGACAACAGAUGGUUCGCGCUGGAUUCGAGUCGAGGAAUGGAGAGUGAGGGUCUGAAAUUGUUCAUGCGAUGGACGGUAGUCGUGCUCGACGCGGCGGUAUGGGUGCCGGCUGUCGUUUGGUGGGCGCGGUGUCGGCCCGGGUCAGCAAGCUCCAGAGCAAGGUCGGCGUCUAUCAUCGCUACGCUUGCCAAUCCAUGUCUACUGCUCGUCGACUUUGGGCACUUUCAAUACAAUUCUGUAAUGCUUGGCCUUACUCUGCUUGCAGCCUGUGCAUUCGUGAACAAACGUUACCUUGUCGGCGCUAUCUUGUUUUCGUUGUCUCUUUCGUUCAAACAGAUGGCGCUGUACUAUGCUCCUGCCAUUGGCAUCUUCCUCCUCGCAACGUGCAUUCAGACGCCUCUCCUCUUCCUCAAACUCGCCGCCGUCACAACAGCCACCUUUAUGUUCGUCUUUACUCCCUUUCUUUCCACCCUUCCCCAGGCCAUUCAUCGUAUAUUCCCUUUUGCACGUGGUUUGUUCGAAGACAAGGUCGCCAACUUUUGGUGUUUUACCAACGUUCUCAUCAAAUGGCGCCUACUACUCUCCGUCCAAAGCCUCGUCCGUCUAUCAACCAUUCUAACCGUCCUUGCCUUCCUCCCUGCUGUUCUCCUAAUGGUCCAAGCCCCAGAACCUCGUCUUCUCCCAUACGCCCUUCUCACCAGCUCACUCGCUUUUUUCCUCUUCAGCUUCCAGGUCCACGAAAAGACCAUCCUCGUCCCCCUCCUUCCAGCUCUCAUGCUUUCCACAACAAAAUCAGAGUGGAUCACCCUCUUUAGCAACACCGCCGCAUUCAGUAUGUGGCCCCUCCUCAAACGCGACGGCGUCGGACUCCAGUACGUCGCUACUCUCCUCCUCUGGAAUCGCCUCGUAGGAUGCAACCCGUUUUCAUUUGCGCGUGAUGGGUGGACUGUCGUCAAACUUUUAUCUGUGGGCGUGUACGCCGCUGCGUUUCUGCUCCACCUCGCAGAGCUCCUCAUCCCCGCCCCUGCCCGGUAUCCUGAUUUAUGGGCAGUAGCCAACGUCUUGGUCUGCACCCCCGUCUUCUUUGCCGUGUGGGCGUGGAGCGUCAAGGCGGGUAUGGAGGAGAGAUGGGCGGGUGCACCGAUACUAACGACAAAAGUCCAUUCAAGAGCCAAUUCUUUGUCACCAGCUACUCCGAGGCCAAAGAGUCGUUUGUCAAGAGAGUCUUUAGUUAGUUAGUCCUCUUAAUGCCAUUUAUUUCAGGGCCUACGA